AUGAACAGCUACAGACGUUCGAACGGCCUAUCGUCGUCAGAUAUUAUUGCGCUGGCCGUUGGCAUUCCCACUGGGGUGCUUACUUUCAUUGGUGUGUUGCUUGCCUAUCUUGGAUAUCGAAGAAGGCGUAUAUUGAAUGCAAAUACGAGACGAAGAACGCCAAAUUCUUUCCAGCCGGAAGCGGAUGAAACCAACUCGACGCAUAUCGACAAAGACAGCGACUCAGAGCAUGUACGGUAUCCGACCACGGAAGCUGCAGCACCAGGUGCCAAGGCUGGCUCUGUGAUCAUCGGCACUUUGAGUGGCAAUGUCAACUCGAUGAAUGGAGUUACGAACAGUUAUAACCUUCAACAAGUGUAA